AUGGUAGCAAUGUUGGGAAGGACCCUACAGUUAGGCCGAACGAACUUUGAAUGGCUAGCAAGGCGCCUGAGUCUGGCUGGAGUCUUGUCGAGGAGAGAGGCAGAAAAAGCUAUUGCUGCUGGACAAGUUACGGUUAAUGGCGAAACCAUCUGCCAAAAUGUGGAAGUGUGCAGUGAAGCAGUCGUUUGCUACAAAGGAGCCUUCGUGCCUCCUCCCGUGAGGACACCCCAAUUAUUCGGUUUGGUUAAACCACGACGGGUGUUGUGCGUGUUGGAGGAACGAGAGGAUAUGCCGACAUUGCACACUCUUAUGCGACAUCUCUAUGUGGAGCAAGACUUACUCCCUGAUGAGGCUGAAAAUGUCGAACGAGAGAGACAAGGGCGACCGCAGCAAAACAGUGUGGAUAACUCCUUGACAACUUGUUUCAGUACCGGUCUCACCAAAGCAGGCUUUCGGAAAACCUCCGAGCAGGACAGUUAUUCAGCGCAGAAUUCACUUGGAGAGUGUGUCAGCACAGCAAAACAGACAAGAGGCGCCGAAAUAUGUGGCGAGCGGCAGUGCGGGCAUGCUUACAGAGCCCAGUCGGUGGAGUUGCGUUGUCGCACCCCAGUAGGCGACGGAGGAAAUGAUGUGGUCUCCAAUGCGUCCGACAAGGAGUAUGCAGAUUCACUCGAGCAGUUUGUUGAUCGUCGCUUUCGCCUGAGCACACGCCUUCAAUACGAUACUCAACCUGUUCUCGCGGAGCUGCCUAGACACCUGAUUGUGGUGCGGCCACUUCCUGUAGAGGCGGAUGGAUUCGUGCUUCUGACAAACGACGGCGAUUUUGCUCACGCUGUGCAGAAACCAGAGAACCGCGUUCAAUCCGUGUUCGACGUGCGCGUCUCUGGGAUCCUGCCGAGCUAUCGAGUUUGGGAAAAUUGGCGCUGCGGCGUCUCCUGUGGUGGUUUUGACUUCGGCCCGGUCUGGGUCGAGCUACUAAAGGCGUGGCACAAUGCCGCGUGGUUGCGGCUCCAUGUUGUGGAACGUCCAGGCAUGGACCUGCGGACACUCAUGAGCAGUGUUGGCCUCAAGCUCCGACGACUACACCGCUACGCUAUCGGCCCCUACCGUGCUUCGUCUAUCCCUCAGCACACUGUACUGCCUUUGAAGUUCCACAACUGUUUCUCACGCUUGCUACCGUUUCACAGACAGCUUCAGCAUCAAGCAGCUGCCGCCGCUGAGGCGCGCGUCUGUGCAGGGUAUCGCGGGGCUGCAGCAUCUGAAGCGGCAGUCGCUAGAGCUGCUGCAGCAGAGAAGGGAAUGGGAAGUUCUGAAGUGGUUGCGAAGCCCAUCGUCCCAUCUAGGCGCGACGCGCUCUUUCCCGCAGCCGGCGAGUUGAAAGGGUUACUAGAACAAAAUCAAGGCCCAAGCAAGGAGCGGGUGGGUGGCUGGUGUAUAUUUGACGAGGUAAAGAAUCAUUCAGUUAUCACUUUAGGAACACCAGAUGCAGGCGUAGAAAAGAAUACCCGGUCGGUGCAACGUCCGCAGGAGGGGAAUGGGGUGCUCGAGGAUAAGGCGAAGAAGACGAUUGUACGGUCAGAUAAAAGCAUGCUAUGUGAGACGCCUGUACACUGUGCUGAAGCUCUACAUGACGGAGAGAACUGCGAGAAAAGCCGUGGAAGUGGCCGCCAAUAUGGUUGCAGACCGCGGGAGGCUGGCGCACCCCGCGACGAGUCACCGAGUGAUGAACGUGUGAGUCGAUGCGUGGCAUUACUGGCUGGCAACGCAGUUGGGGAUAUCGACAAGAGUUUACUACCAGAAUGUCAUGCCAACAAAUCAGGAAACGGUGUUUCUUUACAUGCUACUGCAAGCUCACUUCGGAAUGUGAGGAGUGAGGAAAGGUCAAACCUUCUGCAGGAACUUGACCUGAAGGUAUCUUUUUGAAGGCAACGGUGAAGCUGGAUCCGAAGGCCUAUUCAUCCUGUGGUCGUAGGAGGCCACUGCUUGCCGACAGAGAUAUCAAUCGAAAGAAAGACUGGCAAAGCCGAGUGGCAGGAUGAAACUUGAGGCUGCGCCCAUGCGUGACGAGCGUGGCAAGAAUGUUACGUUUUUAGGGCGUGCGGAAAUAACGGGUCAAACAGGUCGGUGUCGCAGUGUCUAACGCAAAUGAACACAGAAAGUGCAUAUAUUCUGCUGAAGUGAACUGAACUGGUUGAGUGUUAGUCAAUGUAGUUGGUAGAAUUGCAAGUCAGUGCCGAAACGAGGAUCUGCUGUGUUGCUUCUAGGUCGACAAUUCUGGUUUAAUCUAUUUAUGUGUCCAGUGGUAUUAAUCCACGUGUAAAGGGAAAAACACCAGGUUGUCGUCGGGUCUUAGCUGUGCACCGCGUUGUGAGUUUCGCGAAAGAAUCUGGUAUCGUGAGAGCGCCCAUCACUGCAUGCGAAGAUACCGCAUUGUACACUCGCGUAAUCACAUUGAUGCACCAUGACCAGAACGCACCCAUCGAAAACUCAUACGUCACCGUGAGGCGUGUUUCCAGUCAAUGGGCUCGCUAAGCGGUACCUGUGUACCCAGUUGUUUUGCAGGUUUACAUGGGUUGUAGAUUUUUUUUAUGUUGCCCAUGCCGCAACA